AUGUGGGGGGAGCUGGAGGAAGAGGAAUGGGGGGUAGGGGAAGAUGGCCCCGAGGGGGGAGUGUCCCCCAGGGGGGACCCUGACCCCCUUGACAUCCUGAUCUUCCAAGCCGACCAUGUGGCUUCUCAGCUGACACUAGUGGAGGCGGCGCUUUUCCUGCGGGUCGUGCCCUACCAGUGCCUGGGCUCGCUCUGGUCUCAGCGGGACAAGAAGGGGCGGGAGCGGGAUUGCCCCAGCGUCCGUGCCACGGUGCACCAGUUCAACCGCCUGGCGGGGGCCGUGAUCCGCUCCUGCCUGGCGAGGCCGGGGCUGCGCCCCCAGCAGCGGGCCCGGAUCCUGGAGAAAUGGAUCCACGUGGCUGAGGAGUGCCGCGCCCUGAGGAAUUUCUCGUCUCUCUGCGCCAUCAUCUCUGCCCUGCAGUCCAGCCCCGUGCACCGGCUCAAGCGGACCUGGGAUGAGACUGCCAGGGACGCGCUGCGCAGCUACGAGGAGCUCAGCACCAUCUGUUCUGAACAGGAUAACUACAGCCUGAGUCGGCAGCUGCUGUUCCAGGAGGGCACCUCCAAACCAUCUGGCACUGACCCUGCCCCACGCCGGCAGCCGCGGAGACCCCAGGAGCAGCGCCCAGUGGGCGUGGUUCCGGACCUGGGCACCUUCCUGCGAGACCUGGUGAUGCUGGACACGGCCAUGAAGGACGAUCUGGCGAACGGAUACAUCACUUCGAAGAACGCGCAAGGAGUUCGGGUGGCUGGCCCACUGCGUCUCCUGCAGUCCGGUGCCGCAACUACAGUUCCAGCCCAAGCUCCCCCUUCAGCGCUGCUGCGGGCGCUGCGCCCCCCUGCUGAGGCACAGAGUCACAGUCUUCCUCGUGAUGAUCUGGAACCCCCUGGGGAGGCCCAACCCUCCCAGCAGCCCCUGAAGCCCACCUGGUCUACUCCCACUGCACAAGAGCUGCUGAGUCCCGGGGGAACCCUUGGUUCUCCUGGGAGGGGCCCAGCUCCCAAGGGGCCUCUGGCUGCAGGCCCUGACCUGCUCCGCCCCCCCGUGGCCACGCAGCUGCUGUCUCGCCUGCCGCAGCACAUGAAGUGGCCGUCAGUCUCUGCGCUGGACACAGCUCCUGAGGACGUGGGUUCCUCGGCCGGGGGCCUCUCGCCCCCCACCCCCACCGGGGGGGGCUUUCCCCGGGGGCACCGGCGCUCGGCUUCAUGCGGCUCUGCCUUCCCUGCCCCUCCCAACCCGGAGUCUGGGCAUCCCCCCUCCGACUGCUGCAUCAUCCGUGCCCGCAUGGCCCUGCACAAUGGCAGCCUCUACAAAAGCAUCCUGGUGACCAGCCAGGACAAGACCCCGUCCGUCAUCGCCAAGGUGCUGGAGAAGCACGGCCAGGAGCGGGGGGCUGCCCCCCAAUUCCAGCUGGUCCAGCUGCUGCCUGAGGGGAAAGAGCUGACCUUCCCGCCUACAGCCAAUGUCUUCUAUGCCAUGAAUGGCUCCAGCUUGGACUUUGUGCUGCGCCCCAAGAGCGCCCAGGAGCCUCCCCUGCCCCCCAGUGCUGCCCCCCGCAGGGCUGAGCUCAGCGCCACCUUCCCCAAGAUCAAGGCCACUGGCCGCAAGCUCGCCAGGGCCCUCUUCUGAUGGCGAACCCCAAAACUGCCCUGCGGCUUCCUGGGCCUGGAGGAAAGGAAGUGACCUGCACUCUCCCGGGCUUUGAGGAAGGGAAUUGGAGCUGCCUAGGGCUGUCUGCUUGGCCUGGGGCUGCUCUCAUGUCUUCUGGCAUCAGGGUCUGGUCUGCCCCGGGGCAGCCUGCCCAGCAGCCUCAGGGCCAUGACCUAAGUGCCUUGAAAUGGAUGAUGUCCUGACACCUCCUCCCCCUAGAGGUCAGGACCUACUUCCUGUCCCCCCAGGAGGUACAGCUGGGGGUGGGCUGCCCCCAUGGGGCAGGGGCAGUGACCCCCCACAGCACGGGCUCACCCCUGCCAGAAGGAUUCUGUGGGGAGGCCACUGUGAUAACGUCCUGCUAGACAGAGGUGGGAGAUGGGGUGCCCCCACUGGUGCCGAGAUGGCAGCUUCUCAGGGACUUGUCCCAGCUGGACGUGUGGGGGGAAGGACUGUGUGAUCCAAGCCCCCAUCACUGUAUAGGGGGCUUGUGGCCCCAGCCUUGUUUGCGGUAACACUAAUGCAAUAAAGACACUAGAAGCAG